AUGGCGGUGCGGAUCCCGACAAUGACGCGCAGCCCACGACCAUCCCAUACCGUAUCACCACAGCACAAAAAUAACCCAAUCACCACCAUCGCGAUUCAGAUCUGGUGGCGAAGGAAGCGGCUGGGAUGGCCAUUUCUUUUGGGGGAAGGGAGAGAGAGAGAAAGGGGUGGAGGUGGUGAUAGGAAUGGCCUGGAGGGAGAAGAGGGGAAAAGAGGAGGAGAAGGGAGCCGCCUGAGAAAUCGCCAUCGCAUAACAGUGUCGGCCGAUGAUGGAGCCCAGACAGAAGAGACGAGAGGGAGAGUGAAGAUGAUAGGAGAUCUCGCUGCGGCGGCACCACCAGAAACAAUGGCUGUUCCUUUGCUCGACAAGAAGAUUAUCAAGAAGCGUGUCAAGAAGUUCAAGAGGCAUGAGAGUGAUCGAUAUGUCUCCCUGAAGACAAACUGGCGUAGGCCCAAGGGUAUUGACUCACGCGUCAGGAGAAAAUUUAAAGGAUGCACACUGAUGCCAAACAUUGGUUAUGGUUCAGACAAGAAGACUCGCCAUUAUCUCCCUAAUGGAUUUAAGAAAUUUGUUGUCCACAAUGCCAAAGAACUUGAAAUUUUGAUGAUGCACAACAGGACAUACUGUGCGGAGAUAGCUCACAAUGUGUCUACAAAGAAAAGAAAGGAAAUUGUUGAGCGUGCGGCGCAGUUGGAUGUUGUUGUGACCAACAAACUCGCUAGGUUGCGUAGCCAAGAGGAUGAGUGA